AUGAGUAACACGGAUUUUCUGGGGCGGGCGAUUGACACGGUUAAGAAGGCGAUCGAAAAUGACAAUGAGGGCGAGUACGAAAAGGCUUAUCAGCUCUAUUACUCCUCAUUGGAGUUGUUCAUGCUGGCCUUGAAAUGGGAGAAGAACCCUCGAUCUAAGGAAAUGAUCCGGGCGAAAACGGGCGAAUAUAUGGAUCGCGCGGAGAAGCUGAAGAAUCAUUUGGCCUCGGCGGAAGGGAAGACAAAGCCCAGCGCGGUUGGCGCGAAUGGCAAGGUAGCGCAAGGCAGUGGUAAAGGGAAAGAAGAUGAUGAUAAUGGCGAAGAUGCGGAUGCGAAGAAGCUUCGCUCGGCCCUCCAGGGUGCUAUUCUCUCCGAUAAGCCCAAUGUUAAAUGGGAAGAUGUUGCAGGUUUGGAGGCUGCGAAGGAGUCCUUGAAGGAGGCGGUCAUUCUCCCUAUCAAGUUUCCACAUCUGUUUACGGGUAAACGACAGCCAUGGAAGGGUAUUCUUCUAUAUGGUCCCCCGGGUACUGGUAAAUCCUAUCUUGCCAAGGCCGUUGCGACGGAAGCAAACAGCACCUUCUUCAGUGUCAGCAGUAGUGACCUGGUAUCGAAGUGGAUGGGUGAAAGUGAACGACUUGUUAAGCAAUUGUUCAAUAUGGCUCGUGAAAACAAGCCUGCAAUUAUCUUCAUCGACGAGGUUGAUGCACUGUGUGGACCUCGUGGCGAAGGCGAAUCUGAAGCAUCUCGACGUAUCAAGACUGAAUUGCUUGUUCAGAUGGAUGGUGUCGGCAAGGAUUCAAAGGGCGUUUUGAUUCUAGGCGCAACCAAUAUUCCCUGGCAAUUAGAUGCCGCUAUUCGGCGACGAUUCCAACGCAGAGUUCACAUCAGCUUGCCCGAUCUCAACGCGCGGAUGAAGAUGUUCAUGUUGGCCGUGGGCUCUACACCGUGCCACAUGACCCAGGCUGAUUAUCGGUCACUAGCUGACAUGAGCGAGGGCUACUCUGGUAGCGAUAUCAGUAUUGCAGUGCAAGAUGCUCUAAUGCAGCCCAUUCGCAAAAUCCAAACAGCAACUCAUUAUAAAAAGGUUGUCGUCGAAGGAGAGGAGAAGAUUACACCCUGCUCGCCAGGUGAUGCCGGUGCCAUGGAAAUGAAUUGGCUCAGCGUCGAAGCAGAGAAGCUCUUAGAACCACCUCUGGUACUUAAGGACUUUAUUAAAGCGGUUCACAAUUCCAGGCCUACAGUCAGCCACGAAGAUCUUACGCGAAACUCGGAAUGGACCCAGGAGUUUGGCAGCGAGGGUGCUUGA